GACCAUUUGUCUUGCCGUAGGAAAGAAGGGGUCACGGAAGUAGUGCAUGCUGGGAGAACACGUGUUUACGGUGGAGUUUUCAGUGGAUCUGUCUGAUUAACAGGCCGGGACAUCAUGGCGGACGGAAAGAGUCAGGGGGGCGGCGACGACCGCUUCCUGCGGGUGAAGAAGGACCCGCGUUUCUGGGAGAUGCCGGAGAAGGAGCGCAAGAUCAAGAUCGACAAGCGCUUCCAGUCCAUGUUCCACGACCAGCGCUUCAAGCUCAAGUACACCGUGGACAAGCGCGGGCGUCCCAUCAGCCACUCCUCCACCGAGGACCUGAAGCGCUUCUACAACCUGUCCGACUCCGACCCGUCGGACGACGGCCGGGACGAGAGGGCGCAGGGCAAGAAGAAAGAGAAGAAGAAGACGAAGAAGAAAAAGUCAGAAACGAAGGUGGACUCUGUAACGCAACAGGAUGUUGAGGAGGAUGAAGGGGGAGAAGAAGAAGAAGAAGAGGUGGAGGACUUGCCAGUAAAAGCCUUGAAGAAAGGCAAGGAGACUCUCAAGUCCAAAAACAUGGAGGCUCCCCAGGGCCCCGUCAGAGGAGUGAAAGUCUAUGAGGAAGAUGAGGAGGAAGAGGAGGAAGCCAGCAUCGGGAGUGACGGAGAUGUAGUGGAGGCCAGUGAAGGUGGCAGUGAGGAAGAUGAGGAUGAUGAUGAUGAUGAUGAUGAUGAUGAUGAAGAGUCCGAGGAGGGCAGCGACAGCGACAGCGGCCCUGACUUGGCUCGCGGGAAGGGCAACGUGGAGACCAGCUCCGACGAAGACGAGGACGACGAUGUGGAGGAGCUCGUGAGGCCUGAGGAAGAGGAGCUGGAGCACGACUGGGGCGAGAUGUGGAAGGAUGCUCCCCGAGCCGAGGACGUCACCUGUAGACUGGCAGCCUGUAACAUGGACUGGGACAGACUGAAAGCCAAGGACCUGCUGGCUCUGUUCAGCUCCUUCAAGCCUAAAGGAGGCGUUGUGCUAUCUGUCAAGAUCUACCCGUCCGAGUUCGGGAAGGAGCGCAUGGAGGCGGAGCGGAUGCAGGGACCCCUGGAGCUGGUGACGCUGCCGGAGAACCCCGAUAAGGACACGGAGGAGGAGAGGAUUUAUCGUGAGAAAAUGAGAGAAUACCAGUUCAAGCGCAUGCGAUACUUCUACGCCGUGGUGGAGUGUGACUCGACGGAGACGGCCGGCAAGAUCUACGAGGAGUGCGACGGGUUUGAGUACGAGAGCAGCAGCUCCAUGAUCGACCUCAGGUUUAUUCCGGACGACGUUUCGUUCGAUGAGGAGCCGAAAGACGUUGCCGCAGACGUGGACUUGGCUUCCUACACCCCCAAAUUCUUCACCUCCACAGCCACGGCGACCUCGAAAGUGGAGAUCACCUGGGACGAGACGGACCACGAGAGAGUCACUGUGCUCAGCAAGAAGUUCAAGAAAGACGAGAUCCUCGACAUGGACUUCCAGGCAUACCUGGCCUCUUCUAGUGAAGAAGAAGAAGUAGAAGAAGAAGAGGAGGAGGAGGAGGAGAAUGAGCCAAAGGAAGAAGAGCUAGAAUCUGAAAAGGCAGAGGACUCAAAGACCAAGGGGAAGACCAAGAAGAGCGACACGGACCAGAUCGCCAAAUACCGGGAGCUUCUGAAGGGCAUCGCGGACAAGGACUCCAAGCAGCAGGACAGAGCCAUGGAGAUGGAGAUCACCUGGGUGCCAGGCCUGAAGGAGACAACGGAGCAGCUGGUGAAGAAGAAGAUGGAGGGGAAGACUGCGCCUACCCCCUGGGAGGACUUCCUGCAGAAGAAGAAGGACAAGAGGAAGGAGAAGAAGAAGGCCAAGACAAAGCAGGAGGCCGCGGAGUCCGACCUCAGCGAUGAUGAGCUGCCGCCAGACGUCGACCUCAACGACCCCUUCUUCGCCGAGGAGCUGGAAGGAACGGCACCGAAAGGCAAGUCAAAAUCAAAGAAGAAGAGAUCGAAGGAAGAGGAGAGGACUCCGGAGGAGGAAGAGGAAGUGGAGAAACGGAAGGCGGAGAUGGCACUGCUGAUGGACGACGCGGACGACGACAAGCACAAGCAUUUCAACUACGACAAGAUCGUGGAGCACCAGAACCUGACCAAGAGGAAGAUGAAGAAACUGAAGAAGAAGAACGAACUGCUGGAGGAGGACGACUUCCAGGUGGACGUGAAAGACCCUCGCUUCCAGGCGAUGUUCACCUCCCACCUGUACAACCUGGACCCCUCAGACCCCGGGUACAAGAAGACCCGGGCCACGCAGAACAUCCUGGAGGAGAAGCAGAGACGCCGGGAGGAGGCGCAGAGGAGCCGGGAGGAGGCGCAGAGGAGGCAGGGGGAGCCGGCUGCCAAGAGGAGGCAGCCCGUGCCCGGACAGGAAGUGGCUGUCGCCACGGAGACCCAGAAGGCAAUGCACCCGGGACUGUCCCAGCUGAUCAAGUCCGUCAAGAGCAAGACGGAAGAGUUCCACGCCAGGAAGAAGCAGAAGACGAAAUAGACUGGGCAAAAUUGCGCGUGUGUGUCUGUGUGAGUGUGUGUGUGUGUGUGUGUGUGUGUGUGUAGUGUCUACAGGGGUGUGUGUGUGUGUGUGUGUGUGUGUGUGUGUGUGUGUGUCUGUCUGAGUGUGUGUGUGUGUGUGUGUGUGUGUGUGUAGUAUGGUCUGUGUAUGUGUGUGUGUGUAACAGACAGCGAACCGGCAGAUUCCUUGAACUGGAGGAUUUCUGGUGUUUUAUCUAUUUCUCUUCUUGUUGAAGAAUCCAUUAUUUGGUUUUCUGAAAGGCUUGGCACAGAAUCCGUGUGUAAGACUUCACUGCAAAGCAGAGAUAUUUCCUAGCAGCCUCUCAGUGAAAGUGUCUUAUUGACAUGUAAGCUCUCACUAUGUACUGCGGUCGUCCAGGAAGUUCUUUUUUUUUUUUCUUUUUUUUUUUUUUCUUUUACAAACUGUCCCUGUGGAAUGCACUGGUAUAAAGUCUUUGAAGCACCCAGCACGAAUAGCUCCCGGGCAGACAGUUUCCUUUUUUUGUACUUGUUAUGUUGCAUAAAGGAUUCUCUUGUGCUUCAUCUUGGCUCUAGAACAAUACAGGACAUAACUAACCUUUUAAUUCCCAUCCUUCCGCUCGUUAAAAAAAAAAGAACCGGACGACCGCAAUUGCAGCCCUGGAUGGCUGUGAUCCUGGGGUGGAGACAGGCGGGGCAAAGCUCGCCUACAAAUGCCACCGUCGUAAAUAACGGACGGUGCUGUCUGCGACUCGUUCCGAGGCCCUGGGAAUGCUCAGACCGACCGUGGUGAUCUCUGCCAAGCCUUCAGCAGGUCAAGUUGAUCUCGACCUUUGACCUCUGUCUGACCGGGAAGCUCCGGUCACUCAAGGACGCUCAGGAUACUCCUAGGGGGGGUUAUAAAGGUCACUGGAGACAUCUUGCCCUCCCCCCCCCUUCAAGGACUCCUAUACCAACCUAUUCCCAGAACCUUAUGAAGGCCUUCCUGUACAUAGACCCUGUGGACUUUUCAAUACAUUUGAAACUCUUGUUCUCCCGAAGUUGUGAGUGUGAGAUGCGCAAGUCUACUGACUAAGUCUAAAUACUAACCUAUUUCUGCUUCGGGGUAAGGCUAAAGGUGUUCUGAGCUGGGGUGUCGGAGUCGGAUCCGGUGGGGUCCUGCCCUGCCCUGGAGAAAUCUCACCCAGUUUAGGACUAAGGCUAAAGGUGUUGACGUUGGAGCGUUCUGGGCUGGGGUUUUGCCCUGGAGGGGCUGAGAUGACUGAGGAAUCUUUCUCCCAGUUUGGUGACUGUGCAGAAGGUGGGGGGGGAAGUACUCAGUGACAGCUGUGGAAAUUAAAAUGAGUUUUAUGAAUUACAGACUUUAAAAAUG